AAAAAUUAAUUGUUUUCGAGCUUCGUUCGAUCUCCAUAACGAAAAGUUGAAGGUUGCGACAGAGACACCAAAUUCAACCCCACAACAGCAACACAAGCCGUCGCCAGUUCAAUAAUUACGACGAGACAAUAGAAAAAUGUCGUUUCGCGGGGGUUCACGUGGUCGCGGUAGCGGUGGUGGUUUCGGUGGCCGUGGAGGAGGUCGCGGCGGCUUCCAACAACGCGAUAUGGGCCCUCCCGCCCAGGUUCUCGAGAUGGGCAAGUUCAUUCAUUCUUGCGAAGGUGAAAUGGUCGUCGAGUCUACCAAUGCCAAGAUUCCUCACUUCAACGCGCCUAUCUACCUAGAGAACAAGACUCCGGUUGGCAAGGUCGACGAAGUUCUCGGUCCCAUCAACCAGGUUUACUUCACCAUCAAGCCCACCGAGGGCAUCCAGGCCACUUCGUUCAAGGUUGGCGACAAGUUCUACAUUGCCGGCGAGAAGCUCCUGCCCCUGGAGAAGUUCCUUCCCAAGCCUAAGCCUCCCCCGGGAACCAGCAAAGUCAAGAAGCCCAGCCGUGGCGGCGCGUCCCGCGGUGGUCGUGGAGGUCCCGGUGGACGUGGUGGUAGGGGAGGAUUCGGUGGCCGCGGUGGUGGUGGCUUUGGCGGCGGUCGCGGCGGCGGCGGUUUCGGCGGUGGUCGUGGCGGUGGCCGCGGCGGCAGCGGUUUCGGCGGCCGUGGAGGCGGUGGCCGCGGAGGUGGUGGUUUCUCUCGUGGCGGCAGAGGAGGCUUCAACCGGUAA